GACGAUGAUUGUCUUUAAAGAAUUUAAAUCAUCUUAAAUGAUUUCUCUUGGUAACGUUUUAAAUUACAGUUGUUAAUACUUUAAAAGUUCAAGUGUUCAAAAACAUAAUUUGGCUACCAAAUGAAUAUAAUUAAACGCACAUCUGGUGUAAAAUGUCAACCGGUUAGUAAAUAUGAAUAUAUAAUGAAAAUAGCUAUGAUACUUUAGUGUUGCAUGGUUAAUGUCAGACGGUCGGCUGUAAAGUUGGACACAUGAAUUAUAAAGGCAAUUAAACUAGACUACAAAAAAACAAUAUUUAUAUAAAGCUGACGUUUAUCUUCGGAGAGGCACACAAACAUCUGGAUUUGACUAGGACUUGACUAGGACUCGACAGGCCAGAGUAAUUGUUUCAUCUAUUACUUGUGUUAAUAGUUAACACUGUUUAUUGUUCGCAGGGACAGGUAUAAUAGAAACGAUGGAUAUAGGAAACGGAAAAUUAGCAGCGGAAGAGGAAAAUGAAAUGCACACGUUUGUAGCGAAUUCGGACUCGUCCGUGGAAGAAGAGGAAAACAACAAACUUCAGAAAAGAGAAACAUGGGCGAGAAAAAUUGAUUUUCUUUUCGCCUGUUGUGGUUUUUCUAUCGGCCUUGGAAAUGUAUGGAAGUUUCCUUUCCUUUGCUACAGAAAUGGAGGAGGUGCCUUCUUGCUUCCUUAUUUUUUGUGUGUCUUCAUCGGUGGAAUUCCUACAUUCUUCCUUGAGGUGUCUGUCGGCCAGUUUAUGUCUGAAGGUGGGAUGAAUGCUUGGAAGAUUUGCCCCCUCUUUCAAGGUAUUGGAGUCGCUGCAGCGGUGAUUGUGUUCCUUGUGAACUGUGAUUACAACGUCCUACUUUCCUGGGCUUUCUACUACUUCUUUGCUUCAUUGACAACGCAGUUGCCGUGGUCACACUGCGAUAAUGAUUGGAACACACCUGACUGCACAGCGGGGUUCGUUACAGGUGCGAAUUCGUCGGAAAAACUCAACUCGUCUGGUACGGAAAUUUUCACGUAUGAUACAAACGUGACAAGUUUGAGAACAGCUGUGUCAUACAAUGACACUUCAGACAUUCUGUCAGGAAGAAGAAACUUGUCAUAUGUGUCUGAUCCAGUUACAGAGUUUUGGGAGAGGAAGGUGUUGGCUAUAUCAGAUGGAGUUCACCAGCCAGGUUACAUUAAAUGGGAUCUUUGUCUUUGUCUUUUAUUAGCUUGGAUCGUCGUGUAUUUCUGCAUUUGGAAGGGGAUAAAAGGUUCUGGAAAGGUGAUGUACUUCACAGUGACAAGUCCCUACAUACUAAUGAUAAUUUUGUUGAUCCGUGGGCUAACACUGGAAGGUGCCAUGGACGGCAUCAAGUUUUACCUAGUACCAGAUUUUUCUAAGCUCCUGAAGUUCCAGGUAUGGGCCGAUGCCGGCAAUCAGGUAUUUUAUUCGUAUUCUUUAUCGUCGGGAAUCCUUGUCGCUCUCGGAAGCUACAAUAAAUUCAAUCACAAUGCCUACAGGGACUGUUUCAUGUUUUCUAUAAUGAACAGUUUCACCAGCUUAAUGUCUGGCUUUGUGAUUUUCUCGGUACUUGGUUUCAUGGCUCUUAAACAGGGUGUAUCAAUCGACGAAGUAGCGGAAUCAGGUCCAGGAUUAGCUUUCAUUGCAUACCCCGAGGCAGUCUCCCAGAUGCCGGCUGCACCUCUAUGGUCUGCUGUCUUCUUUCUCAUGAUAAUUUUACUUGGACUUGACAGCCAGUUUGUGGGCGUGGAGGGUUUUGUAACAUUUUUGGUUGAUUUGUAUCCAAAUGUAUUCCGGAAAGGUUACAGGAGAGAAAUACUUAUUGCAAUAAUAUGUGUUGUGUCGUUCUUGGUGGGACUUUCCAUGGUUUGUCAGGGAGGUAUAUACGUGUUCCAAUUGUUCGACUACUACUCCGUGAGCCGGACGAUCUUCGUCAUCGCCUUCGUGGAAAUGAUCGUUAUUUCUUACGUAUAUGGUAUAAACAGGUUUUAUGAAAAUUUGACUAUGAUGUUCGGACGGCCUGUCCUGCCAGCUAUUAAAGUUCUAUGGUCCAUUGUGACACCAUUGUUCAUAUUGUUUCUGUUCACUGUUGGUGUAAUAUCAUAUUCCGAGCUUACCUACGACCGCAAGUCGGUAGAAUACCACUAUCCACAGUGGGCGAUAGGGAUAGGCUGGGUAAUGGCAGUGGCGUCAAUUAUUUGGAUUCCAAUCGUUGCCGCUUACAGAAUAUAUGAAGAAGAAGGGUCAUUAGUAGAGAGGAUCAAGGGAGCCAUCAAGCCAAAACUCCGAAAGCACCAAAUGCUCCCGAAUGAAGAUCUGUCCAAAAUAAAAUAUAUCAGUGAAAUUGACAAUGAAAUUUAAACCACAGUGGGACAUCAUUACAUAAUGCAAUGUUCAUUUUAUAUCAAAUAAUUCAUCAUAAGUUUUCUGUUGCCUAUAAGAAUCAUUUCAGAAAUGCUAACACACAUCUGACAUCUAGCAAACUAGGCAAAAACAUUAUUAUCAGUCCUAUUGAUUGGUCAGUUUUAAUUUGUCAUUGUUAUCAUUAAACAUUUUCUGAAAAACAGGGAAAAAUGAGAAAAAUUAUUUACAUAUGUAAAUGUACAACUCGUAUAUGUUUUUAUUAACAUUUACACAUUAUUGCCCAUUAGGCGACCCAUGUACUCGAUGCAAAAAUUACUGUUUUGAAUUUAAAGAGAAUAUGAAAAUUUAAAAUAAUUUAGUUACAGGUAUUUUCCAUAUACUUAAUUCUAUUUUAGACGUAUGCCAUAGUCUUGAAACAAUUACAGGCGAUGCCAACUGCGUUUACAAUUGCCAUUGAAAGCCAUUCACAACGCAUUUAUUUUUAAUGCCCUAACUUUACGCAUUAAACAAUUACAGGCACACGACAUAUAAAGCACAACGUAGUUACAGUUUUAUACCAUAAUUCCGAAACAAUUAUUUGUAAUGCAAUACGGAUACAGCAAUAAAAGUUGUAAGCCAUAAGUACAACUUACACAUUUACAGCAUCCUCGAUAACCUAGGCGUAUUCGUUACUUGUACACUUCGUUGUUGUUGAAUGUGUUUCGGCGAUUAUUUACAAGUGCAUACCUUAACUUAAAACAAAGACUCAUACCAUAAGCAACAACAUAAUUACAAUUGAAUGCCAUUACCUCAAAACACUACAGGUGAUUCAGUAAGCACAACGUAAUGUAAUUUGUACACAAUUACAGGUGAAAGCUUCGAGCACAACGCAAUUUGUUUGCUAUAUGCACAACACAAUUACAGGUGUAUGCCAUAAAAUAUUACACUUACAGUUGUAUACCAUUAGCGCAAUCACAUUAUACAAAUGUAGUUGUAUUCAAUGAGCGAAUUGUAAUAAUACAGUUGUGUACGAUAAGAGCAAUACUAUUACAGUAGUAUGUAAAAUGCUGAAUACAAUUACAAGGAUAUCAAAGAAUAAGUGUAUGCAAUAAACAAGUCAACAUAUUAAUUGUAUAUAAUAAACACAAUAUAUUUAUAUGCCACAAGGACAUCGGAAUUACAGUGUAUACAAAUAAAGUGUAUGUUAAAAGUA